AUGUCGAAACCAAAAGACCUACGCAGUCUCAUCGACCUUACCAAAACCACACAAGCACUUCUCACCCACUACCAAUCCUCUCUCGCGCCCACCAAAGAUGCCGCUCCUUCGUCUGAAACGGAGAUAGCAGAUCCUCUAGAUGUUAUCAGAGCCUCGACUAAGCUCCUCAAAUCGCAUACGACCACACUGUCCCUCCUCCUCAUCAACCCGCCCCUCACACCCUCCGCGAUAAUAGCGAAGAUCGGCGAUGUGACCUCGGGUCCACUGAACAGUAUGGUGACCGCGGCUUCGUAUAUACCGCGAGAGGGUCAGAAGGGUGAUAUCGGAGACAUAAUGCGCACAGAAGUUAAGGCGCAGGUACGGAGAUUGCUGGGAACAUGGGGAGAAGUUCUCGCCAUGAUCCUGAAGAUGGCAGAGAAACGACAAAGCGCAAAGGGUAAAGACGCCGGUCCCACCGAGAGCGAGAAGCAAGAAGUCUUGUCUUCCACCGGUGUACUCUGGGACGUGUGCGACGCACUGCUAAAGCUAUGCGAAGACGGCGUUGUUGGACUAGUAGUCAAGAAAGCGCAAGAGUACCGCGCAGUCUUACUAGAUGCGAUCGAGGAGCUAAAAGAAUGGGGCGAAGACGUGGACGACGACGAUGAAGCGGAAGGCAGCGACGACGAAGACGAGAUAUUCGGCGCAUCGAACAAGAUCGGCAAGGACAACAAGGAGCUGAAGGAACUCCUGGAUACUAGUGUCAAGAAGCUGAAGAUGAUCGGCAUGCUCUACCAAGCACUGAUCAAGCGGAGGUUGAAGACUUAUCCUGCAUCGUCUACGCUCGAACCGACCACCACAACGAACGGUGCGACCUCGCCGCCCUGCAAAAAGUUAGAUGCGCUUGUGAAUACCCUCAAGACGAUACCUGAGACGGUCGACGAUAUCGCAGGCGCGUUCUACGAUCUCGACGAAGACGAAGCGAAACAGACUCUGGACAAAUGCUGUGGUGAGGCAAACAGCGCAAUUGAGUUGGUCAGGCAGAGCUGGGCAGGAGAAGACGAUGAGUUCACAGCAUGGUCUGGCAAAUGGGCGACCGCACUCGAAGCUGCGUGA